GGCCCGGGACUGCACCGCACACCACGUGUCCGACUUAGUUUCGAGUUACUACUAGUUGCACCUCCGCGACGUCCGUCCGUGACGUCUGAGGCGUCUGUCACACUGACACACGAUGCCGUCUGGCUGCGCGCGCGUGUGCUCCUGCGUACGCGGCAACAAGACGGGACUCAGUUGGACGGAGGAUGACGCGUCCAGCAAUUCAGACAGUUCGGUGCCAGGGCCGGCGGAGAGCGCGCCUCGGGGCGGCCGCGGGGGGGAGGGCCGGGAGAGCGGCAGCAUGGAGGUGGUGGAGCACAAGCACGGCGUCCUGGCCGCCUUCCUCAACUCCCUGUCGCCGGCCAACCUGCUGCGGGGAUGGAAGGCGCGCUCCAAGAGCCACCAGGACUGCUCCAUGCCCAAGGUGGAGCGAACCAUGAAGGCCGCCAUCCUCAUCCAGCAGUGGUACCGGCGCUACCUCGCGCGCAUGGAGGUGCGGCGGCGAUACACCUGGACCAUCUUCCAGAGCAUCGAGUACCAGGGCGAGCAGGACCAAGUCAAGCUGUACAAGUUCUUCAACGCCCUGCUCACCCACAUCCCCGACCCCACGCGGCAGCCCGUGCCCGCCGAGAGGAUCAAAACGGCAGCGGCGGCCGCGGCGCAGCAGGCCACCAACCCGCUGGAGCACGACCUGCUGACCCAGCCCGUGGACCCGGCCUACAAAGGCGUGCACCUCAAGUUCCCGCUGCGCCGGAAGGACCUGGAGGCCCUCAUCGACUCCUUCCGCCGGAAGAAGCCGCACCGCCUGCACGCCAAGUACGUGGCCGGCGUGCUCAUCGAGGCCGUGGAGCACCUCAAGAGGCUGCCCAACCUCAACCAGUGCAGCACGGCCGUCAGCAAGCAGGUCACCAUCUGCGGCGACCUGCACGGCAAGCUGGACGACCUCCUCGUCGUCUUCCACAAGAACGGCCUGCCGUCCCCCGACAGCCCCUACAUCUUCAACGGCGACUUCGUGGACCGGGGCAAGAAGGGCCUGGAGGUGCUGCUGCUGCUGCUCGGCGUGCUGCUCGUCUUCCCCGGCGACGUGUCCCUGAACCGCGGCAACCACGAGGACCACGUCAUGAACACCAGAUACGGUUUCGUGAGGGAAGUGAAGCUCAAGUAUAAGCACUGCUCCGACUUCCUGCUGAAGCUGAUAGAGGACGUGUACCGGUGGCUGCCGCUAGGCACGCUCGUCAACAACAAGGUGCUCGUGGUGCACGGCGGCAUCUCGGACAACACGGACCUGGACUGGGUCAAGAACCUCUCCAGAUCCAAGUACGUGUCGCUGCUGCGGCCGCCGGUAACCGAGAGCUCGGCACCCGGGGCGGAGCUCAUCGACAAGAUGGAGUGGAAGCAGGUGUUCGACUUGCUGUGGAGCGACCCGCAGCCCGCGGACGGCUGCAUCCCCAACAGCCUGCGCGGCGCCGGCACCUACUUCGGCCCCGACGUCACGGACAAGUUCCUCGCCAAGCACCACCUGUCCUACAUCGUGCGCUCGCACGAGUGCAAGCUCGGCGGCUACGAGCUGACGCACGGCGGCAAGGUGGUGACCAUCUUCUCGGCGUCCAACUACUACGAGCUGGGCUCCAACACGGGCGCCUACGUGACGCUGUCCGGGCCGCAGCUGUCGGCGCGCUUCGUGCAGUUCUCCACGGCCACGCCCAACACCAAGCGGCUCACGUUCCGGCAGCGCGUCGGCCUGGUGGAGAGCUCGGCGCUGCGGGAGCUCCGCGCGCAGCUGCUGCAGCACAAGGAGGCCCUCACCGAGGACCUCAAGCGCCUGGACGCCGACAACACGGGUUACGUGACCGUGUCGCAGUGGAGCCAGGCGCUGGAGGCCCGCACCAGCCUCAACCUGCCGUGGCGCAUGCUCUCCCACAAGCUGGUGACCGUGCACCCCAGCACCGGCAAGGUGCAGUGGCAGACCACCUUCCAGGACCAGCUGCCCGCCAAGCGAUCGGACUCCGGGACGGUGGCGGAGACCCUGUAUCGCAACAAGUCCAGCCUGGAGGCCAUCUUCCGCAUCAUCGACAAGGACAACUCGGGCUACAUCUCGCUGGACGAGUUCUCGGAGGCGUGCGCGCUGCUGGGCGAGCACCUGGAGGCGUCGCAGGACCAGGCGGUGGACAUCUGCCGCUCCAUGGACAUGAACAAGGACGGCCAGGUGGACCUCAACGAGUUCCUGGAGGCCUUCCGCCUCGUGGACAUGGAGAGGCACGGGCCGACCACUCCGGACGACGACCUGUCGCCCGACGAACCCAACAAAGAGUGAGGCGCUGGAGGGGAAGAUGAAGAAAAAAAAGAAAAAAAGAAAAGUGGCACGUGAAGCUGGAACCCCUCACAUCCUCUUGUUGAGAGUCAGAUGGGAGUAUAUUUUGUCAGAAUCUAAAAAGAAAAGAAAUGGGAAGCGAUUUUAGCAUUUUGUUCGGUAUGCUAUGAUAAGAACAUUGAUCAAUAUGUGCCAAGAGAGUAAACAGUGGGAGAUACUUCUUCUUAUAUAAAAUUGAUGACUUUUAGCUGGCUUUCAAACAGACAUUUUUUUCUAAGACACCGUGAUUAAUUUCAUGCAUCUUCCAAAGAAGCAAGACGAUAGCUUCCUGAAUGCCAAAGCCGCAAUUAUUGAUAACUAUUGUUCCUGAUUUUUACUGUGGCUUCUAGAGCCCAGUCACUUUUUUUUACGUACGUGAUCUCUACCCUCUAUUGCACAAAUUAGAAAUGCAUACACCAGUCCCUCCAUUUACAUUAAAAUUAAAAUGUACAUAUGAAUAGAGAUUCUUUUUAAACUUUCAAUGUUGAAAAACAUCUGUAGUUAUCUUUUAUGCAAAAUCAUGACCUACUUUCAUUGUAAUGCAAAAUCUUACCUGUAAGCAAUGGUGCUUAACUUUGCUGUUCAAAGUCUUGACUGUGAUAUUAUUGAAGGCAUGUAUUCCUGUCCUUAAAUGUUCAGAAGAUGUGAUGCUAGUCUUACAGAAUAGUAGGGUAGCAGGUGUCAUGAGCAUUGCUUGAAACAAUGUUCAGAACUGUGUCAUAAGAAAGGGAUGAGUGAAAACUAGCCCUCACUUUAGAAAUGCAUAAAUAGGUUUUAUUUUCAGAUUGGCUGUGACUUUCUUUGCAUAAGCUUAUUUUUGAAACCUCCAAAAAUAAUUUGACCAAAUCCGUGCAGAAAAUAGUUUUCUAAGCUUCAAUUUUUGGCAUAAUGGGUUUCUAUUAUGGCUGUGCUGAAGAGUUUCUUUAACAUUGCUUACAAAGAUUGGCUCUGUUGGUUGGAUUGUGUGGAUCCUUCUUGAGCCUCGUUUACCACUCAUACAAAAUUAAGUAGAUUUCUCCACUCCAUGUUUCAAAGACAUCCUCUAACAACACUGACUGGUAAAUAUGACAUAAGAACAAUAUGACACUAAUAAAUACCAACAUGCAACCGAGACCAAAGGUUAUCCUUAAUAUUGGUAAGAUUCAUUAUUCAUUUAGUUCAAAGAUAUUUUUCUUAAACUCAAAGACAACAGACAACUGACCCUAUCCCUCCAACGCUUCCAUAUUUUUUUUAAGACAUAGGAGGCACUUGUUUCAGCAGUGAUCUUGCGCAUAACAUGUUUGGUCCAACAGAUUAUUAAGAAACAAAUAAUUUAAAGAUUUACCAAAUUUAAAUUAUUCCAAAUUUACGUAUUUUUACUAUUACAUUGAUUAGGACCCUUGCAUUCAUUCCAUGAAUAUGUUGACCAAAGUCUAAGAGCUUGAAUUGCAAGUGAGAUGCAGUUGCCCUAAAUUACUUCAAUAGUGAAAAGGUCAGAAGACUAGAACUCAACAAGAAGCUUGAUGUAGAUUGGUAGAAAAAAAUUCAAAAGUUAAAAAAGAAAAAGAAAUCAUUCCAGUAAAGUUUUUUAUGUCUAUGUGGCCCCCUUACAGAAAUCACUAAAGACACAUUCCAAACAAUAACCAUUGCACGUACUCUACCAUCACAUGGUAACUCAUAAAUAUGUUUUCAUCCAGUAAAAGACAAGAGCUGCAAUGCCCCCCACCAAUUGACACAAAGCACUUGUUAGGUGUUGAUCGCUGUUCUUGAUGCAUGGGACAUGGGAAAAAGAUUUGGAUAUGGGCUGCUUUACCAAACAUUAGCAAUAUCCCAAGACAUACAACAACUCAAUGGUGUAAACUACAUAUCCUUCUUUCUCUUUAGUAGAAAUAUAGAUGUAAAUUAUGAUCAUAGAGUAGAAAAUCAUUUAAAUCAUGAUUUUAAACAUAAUACUUUCAAUUGAAUGUUUAUUAUAAUGUUUUCCUUCUCCUGUUCCAAAUGUCAAAAAUCCUCUUGUUUCCACAUUGAUGUAGAAAAUUGCACACAUCUAGGCAGGCAUAGCUAACUGCAUAGAAUAAAAAUGGCAGUAGAUAAAAAGUUUCCUUCAAAUUUGAUGCUGAGAGGUGUAACUGCACAAUCAACACUUCACCCAAUAUUUUUAAUUCAAAUUUAAAAGUUUUUGUAGCUGUUCUGAAGAAACUCUCAACUUUAUCCAGAUUAUUUGGACAGAUUCUUUGGAUUUGAUUGUUCUUCCCUAGAUACCCUAAUGCACGAUAUUUCUACUGAAAUUGCACAGCUCUUGAAAAGCAGGGCAUCUGUUAUCUUCCUAUUUUUCUCUUUAAUCAAAAAAUAUUUCAACUUUGAUGAAUGUUAAUGUAGAGGUAUUCAGACAACUCUUGUAUUAUUCCAAAUGUUACAAAAUAAAGUAUGUAUUUUGUUUCCA